GACCCUCGACCUCGCUGCUUCUCGUCGCACCUCACCUAGUCGAGGACCGUUACGUUCGCGCGCGGCCCCUAGUUUAGUGGACGGGGGAAGGGCAAAGAGGGAAAAGCGAGCAAAAAAGCCACCUCCUCGGCAGCUCGGGAGGCGUGCGGUGCAGUGCAGCACAGUGUGGUGUGUUGUGUGUGUUGGUGGUAGACGAACAACCUAACAUUGGCCGCCACCGUUUGGUUUGUCUAGACUGCCUCCCAAACGCCCCGUUGAUCUUAGGGACGCACAGAGGGAUUGGCAUUUGCACUUUGGCUGGGUGUGUUGUGUUGUGUUGGCUGCGGUAUGUUCCGUGUACUGGGAAAAGCAAUCCUCAUCUCAUAUCCAUGGCGGCUUUGUAUCACCCACCCACAGGACUGGCCGGCGAGAGCACGGCUGGGGUUGGGAAAGAUGACAGUCACCAGGGACCUCACCGGAAACCACAGCAAGGGGCCACAGAGAGGGGCCACAGAGAGGGGGACCGGAUGAAAAUAGCAUCACGACUCGUUUGUUUGCACAGGAGGUGGCUUCGCGUGCCGGCAUCGAGGCUGCGGGUACGAUGCAGCGUGGGAAAUGAAGUCUCUGUUCCACAGCCCGCCCGGCUGCAGCCCGCAGAGCUGGGAUCGGUACGUGCUUCGCGGCACAUACUUACAGCAUGCUGUACAAUGCCCUACAAUUUCGAUGCAGUGCUGGCUGGUUGCACCGAGGCCGUCCAACUGGCCCAUUUCCCGGGACCGUGGAUACGGCGACAACUCCAAGUGCGCGCCGGCGUCACAGCAGCACCAGUGCUCGUCUUAGCCUGCCCUGCACGACAGGCGAAACGGGGGCUUGAUGGGGGGCCAGACGAUGCAAGGUCCCGUGCGGACUAUUACUCGUGAGAGGGCGCCAUGGUCCAUCAAAGCUGUCAACCAACACCGGUGCAUGUGCCGGUAAUGAAAGGGCAGGGCGGGUCGUGCGAGGUGAGGUGAAGUCGUGUU